AGCAGGAAGUAGACAUCUGUCUACUCCAGCCUUUAUAGAUGACAUUUUACCAUAACUAACUAUAUUGAAAAUAGUUAUGGUUUAACGGUCACUUCAGUUAAACCAUAAAUUGAUUUAAUCUUCACACACAUUGUAAUGCCAUUUUAGAUUUAUCAGCUGAUAGCACCAAACUAAGUUACAAUAUCCUCAGGAAGUGACUGGGCCAGAGGGACACCAGGGAAAAAACCUGGGAGGCCCUAGCUGCAGUGGGUCCCGUGGCCCCUGCCAACCCAGCCUUUCCCACUACACGUGCCAGCACUCCCCGCACUUCCUGCCUAAAAACGGUGUGCGCUGGAGCCCCCCUCUUCCUGCCUGAAAAGGUGUCUGCUAGUGAUUCCCUCACAGGUGCGGUAUGCAUCGCAGGUAGGGAAGCAGGGGCUGCUGCAAUGAGGAAAGCUGAGAAACUUGCGUGAGGCACCCCUUGUCUGCCUCUGGGUGGCAUUAGGGCCCAAAACACCCCUUGGAGGGAAGAAGUCCUGCAACUGGGGUGGAGGGCCACCAGGCAGGAACCCCAGUGGGCCCCUCCACCCGAGCCUGCUCCCACUAUGUGCUCCCCAGCUUUCUGCCUGAAACUACAUGUGCCAGCACUCCCACCUUAUCCUGCCUGAAACAGCAUGGUGUGGUAUGCAGCGGGGGGCAUAAGGAAUCCUGCGACUGGGGUGGGGGCCCCCAGGAGGCAGCCCUUGUGGGCCCCUCCAUGCCAGUCCAACACUGAAUAUACUCCACAAAGCAACUUGUACAUUGCUGUUAAAUUUGGAAUAGGGGGUUCAUAAUAAACUUAUCCCUCUAACAUAAAGGUGAGAGUUUCCAGGUUUAAGAAAUUUCUUAUCUGUUUCUUGUGCCUUUAAAAUGCCAGCUUUGCCUGAGGUCAUUUUUUGUUACGUAACUUUUGUACAUGUAACCCUGCACCGAACAUAGCCACGCCCUGCAGUUCUCACAGCGUGUGCUAUAGAUUCAUAUAGUGCUAAAGGUGACUAUACACUAAAUACCCAGUGAAAAAGCUUUUGUAACAUUGUUAGAAUGGCAAUGGAUUCAGCAGGGACAGUUCUUCUGGCUGCUUGUGUUAUUGUCCUGUUUUAUUUAGUCAAAUGGAGGGGCAAUAACAAACGAAAAAACCUGCCCCCUGGGCCAACCGCAUUUCCACUGCUAGGUAAUUUCUUACAGGUCAGCACUACGGAAAUUCCUAGCUCCUGUGUUGAGCUAAGUAAAACCUAUGGACCUGUGUUUACCCUCUAUCUGGGCGGUCAUCGAUCAAUCAUUCUCAUUGGGUACGAUGCUGUGAAGGAAGCAUUGAUUGACAACAGUGAUGUCUUUAGUGACAGAGGAGAAGGGGGGGUUUCUGAGAUGAUAUUUAAAAAUUAUGGUGUUAUUUUGAGCAAUGGAGAAAGGUGGAAAACAAUGCGGAGAUUUACACUUACGACUCUAAGAAAUUUUGGAAUGGGAAAGAGAAGUGUUGAAGAAAGGAUACAAGAAGAGGCCCGAAGCCUGGAAGAAGCCUUUAGAAAGAAAAAAGAUGAACCAUUUGAUCCAAUAUACCUGCUGGGACUAGCCGUCUCCAAUAUCAUCUGUUCAAUUAUUUUUGGGGAGAGAUUUGACUAUGAGGAUGAAAAAUUUAUGACUCUACUGAUGUACAUUAGGGAGUUUGUCAAAUUGCUGAACUCCUUCUUUGGGAUGCUUUUCAAUUUCUUUCCAAACCUGUUUUGCUACAUUCCUGGCCCCCAUCAAAAUAUUUUCACAUAUUUUAACAAGCUUAAACAGUUUGUGAAGGAUGAGGCAAAGUCCCACAAAGACACGCUGGAUGCAAAUUGUCCAAGAGACUUUAUAGACUGUUUUCUAAUCAGAAUGGAGCAGGAAAAAAAUAAUCCUAACAGUGAAUUCCACUAUGAGAAUUUGUUUGGAACCAUCCUCGAUUUGUUUUUAGCUGGGACAGAGACCACAAGUUCGACACUGAGAUACGCCUUUCUUAUUUUACUCAAGUACCCAGAAAUUCAAGAAAAUGUCUACAAGGAGAUUGUUCAAGUUAUAGGCCAACAUCGCUAUCCAUCAGUGGAGGACAGGAGCAAGAUGCCAUAUACCGAAGCUGUGAUCCAUGAGGUGCAGAGAAUUGGAGACAUUCUUCCACUUGGAUUAGAACAUGCAGCCAGCAAAGACACAACCUUCAGAGGAUAUGACAUUCCCAAGGGAACUUUGAUUUUUCCACUACUUACCUCUGUGCUUAAGGAUCCUAAAUAUUUCAAAAAUCCAGAUCAGUUUGACCCUGAACACUUUCUUGAUGAGAAUGGAUGCUUUAAGAAAAAUGAUGCAUUUAUGCCAUUUUCUACAGGAAAACGUGUCUGUGCAGGAGAAGGGCUGGCUCGUAUGGAGCUCUUUAUAUUUCUCACGACUAUCUUACAGAAAUUCAUUUUAAAAUCAACUGUGGCUACAGAGGAAAUUAAAAUUACCCCAGAACCAAAUACCAAUGGCUCCCGACCUUGGCCCUACAAGAUGUUUGUUGUUCCUCGUUGCUGAACCUUCAUAUGCCAAAAUAAAGGCGCUUACCUUA